AGCUGUUGUAUUAAGUUACUAAAUGUAUACGAGAAGAAGAUUUGCGUAAUUGUUAAUAGUGAUUUCCGAAGCAUGUGGGCCACAUGACAUAUGACGUCAGUGCACGCCCUCUAUUCAGGAUAUACGUAAGAGUCUCCGUUGUGGUAAUGACGUGUAACGAAAAAAUUUGAAAGGUUGCUGUCAACGACUCUCAACUGGUUCAAGAACGAUUCAGUUCUCUAAAUGCAGUGAAGCAGUCAGUUAACAAUGAAAGCUAAACACAGCAUCUACUCCUCCCUCAUAAAUUUUAUCGUUUGGAUAUCAAUUGCGUCAUCUCGACAGUUCGAGCAUGACGUCACAAAGAAUCAAGACGAGUGUUUACUCUACACCAGCUGCUGGCAAUGUGUGCAAGACCCAUGCUCCAGAAAGGCCCAAAACGAGCAUUCUACCGACAUAUGCGUCUGGUGCGACGACCUAUCAAACCUAGGAAGUAGAUGCAUUUCAAGUCAGAAAGAUAAUUCAUGUGGUCAGAAAUCAAAAAAGUACACAAAUCAGUGCAUCAACAACAAAUCAUCAAUUUUUCCACCAAAAAGCUGUAGUCCAAUAGUAACUGAUGCUUACAUUGUUCACAUUGAAAAUCUGAGAGACGACAUUUCCGGAAUGAUACAAACAGUACCCGGAGUUCAAAACUUCGACGUGUCGAUCGGUCUCUGUAAACCCCUGGAGAGAGCAAGGAUGUCACAAACGUGUGGAAAGCACACUCCAAUUGAAGUAAUCGAGAGUGACACCUGGCUGACCACACCCAUGCCGGGCAGACCAGACCGCUGCUGGGACAUCGGGCAGACCACCGACGUCAGUCCUACUCUAGUCAACCAUUUCAACCCUCAAGCAGGAAUUGCUCUAGACUUUGGUCAAACGUUAUGUUGCUCUGCCAAUCUAACAGCAACAAGCGUCAGUGUUCUUCUCAAACCAAACGACUGUCACAAAGAUUCGAUUACCGCAGCUGUCACUGAAGGAAACUUGGAGAUUCUUGCUGAUUGCUCUAAUACAAACACAAGUCUGCAGAUUGAAGUGCAAACUUCUGUACUCUGUAACACAAACAUAGAAUGGCGCUUAUCUGUGAGAGACACGACCGUCCAUUGCAAUCAAAGCAAAUCAGGCGACCUUUAUUGCAAAAUUAAAUUAAAAACAAGGAAUGUGACAGUUCAAAGUCAACCAUCAAUGUACUGCAAAAACACAAUAAAACUUUGGAUAGCGUACGCUAACGGGUCCGAGGUCAAUGCGGCUGUCGAGUAUGCAAACGACUCUCAUGACGUUUGUAGUUUCGGUUUGAAGUCCAAAGAUGUUUGCAAAUUGUCAGUCGUAUACACCUAUACCUCGGCGUCGCCCCAACUUUUAAAAAUUAACGGUGAAAAUGCAUAUACAGUUGACAGUUGCAAUAAUGCUCUAACAACAACAACUUUAAUUGCAAUAACUUUAUCGAGUGUUGCUUUUUUUCUUCUUCUAUUGAGUGUAUUAGUGCUGGUAAAGCGAAGAAAAACUAAAUUUUCUAAAAAAGAAAGGAGAGACACUGAAACAUCAGACAAUAAUUCUGCUGACUUUGAUCAGCACUCUGCAAUGCAACUCAAUAGAGAGGUCAACAACCAUGAAAGCAACUGCAGUCACUGUCCUGUAACAUUAGACAAUAGUGACCCUCAAUUGUUGACAACUAAUGCAAUUUCAAGAUCUGAAGAAACCAAAUCUCUUCUACACGUAGAAGUUAGUGGUUCCCAUUCCAGAGAUUACGGGAGUGCAAGUACGCAUGUUACUACAAGUAAUGAGAGUAACAUACGAGACACUGCGGAUGAUACCAUUCAAGUUGGCGAUAGGGCAACCGCCGGAUUUUCCAAAUCCUUGAUCAAAGAACGAAAUGAGUCUAAAACAGUUUGUACUGCAGUGCAAGAUCAUUCUGUAGAGUGCAUUCAACAAAAAGAAAUGAACGCUGGCAUAAUAUUAAAUGAAAAACACUAGAUUUGAACUUCAUUUUUUUGCUAAAUUUCUUUGUUUGUUUUGACGUCGAGACUUGAUCUUCAGUUGUGCAAUUUUUUAUCACAAACACGCAGGAUUCAUUGCCUAAAUCAAAUAUUUGCCAACAGAUAUGAAAGUA